AUGUCUGAGUCCACUGUCCAUCCAAAACGGACGGCUAGGAUGAGCCAUCAUCACCACCCACGUCGAAUCUUGACACCUGGGGCUUCGCGAAAGCGGAAAGAGACCGAAACGUUUUACGCUGUACAGCCGUUGAAACUAACGGCGAAUCUACAACCUUCGGUUAGUGCUGCGACGUCGUCUAAGGCAGCAGAACCGGUUUCGUCUAAUCAGCUUCUAGCCGGUUACAUGGCUCACGAAUUUUUAACCAAGGGUACGCUUUUGGGUCAGAAGUUUGACCCGGCUCGGGCCGGAGCUAUGCCGGUUUCCACAGCAGACCUGAAGAGGAAUAAGCCGGGUCAGAGUUUGGAAUCCGACCCGAGUGGAAAAAUGAAGCCGGAGCACCAACGUUAUGCUGACGUGGCGAAUUUGCUGAAGAGUGAAGGGACCCACAUUCAGGGGAUAGUCAAUCCUACGCAACUGACUCGGUGGAUUCAGAUGUGACAUGCAAUGUGGGGUUACGUGGAAGCGUUUCAUUGGUUGGACCUUUUGGUGGUCUAAGGAAGAGAAGUGCAACCUCCCUUAGCUUGUAAAAAUCUCCUCUGGAGGUGACUGGUGAGUCAUUGGUGGAUGAGGUAUUGAGGUGCUCUUUUCUCUCUCUCCCUCUCAAAUAUCAACCAGAGGGGAACGCCAGAAUGUUGCGAUAUUCCGGCGACUUCUAUCUCUCUCUCUCUCCUCCAUCCCUCUAUACUGUGCUUUUAUGCCGUACUUCAUGAGAGAGAAACACUUUUUUUGUUGUUAUUUUGAUAUCUUUUGUUUGUGCCUCGUUCUAUGCUGCUUUGUUUACUUGAAACUAAAGAGUGGUUCAGUUGGUUUUUUUUCCUGAUGUGCAUGCAUGUGCGUAUGCUGAAUGCAUGUGUAUAUAAAGGGUAAGAUUACAGCAUCGACGUUAUUACGAAUCUAUACA